AUGGAUGUCCAGGCUCUCACCGCGCUCUUCACGACCAGCUACAACCCAGAUCCGAAUGUGCGCAAGGCAGGCGAGCUGCAGAUCCGGAAGGUCGGGCUUCAGGAAGGCGUGAUCACUGUAUUGCUGCAGAUCUUGAGCGCGGACGAGGGAUCAGUCGACCCAGCGACGCGUCAGGCAAUAACUGUCUGGAUCAAGAAUCGCGUCCAGUAUGGCUACCCCCUCACCGAGCUUGACCCCCGCCGACCGGACCGUGCACCCAUCUCGCCGUCCGACAAGGCCGCGCUCAAGCAGUCCAUUCUCCCCUUCCUCUCCGCCGCACCAUCUCGUGCCGUCAGCGUGCAGCUUUUCAGCACGCUCAAGUCAAUCGUCGCCCACGACUACCCUGAAAACUGGCCAACACUUACCGACGAGAUCAAGGCCCUCCUCACCAGCUCAAAUAUCCGCGAAGUCCACGCCGGAUGUCUCGCCACACUCUCUGCGAUCCAGGCGUGGCGCUAUCGCCAGAACGGCGACAACAUGGAGCGCAUUGUGGAGGCGCUCUUUCCCUCGCUUGUCACGAUCGCGACGCAGAUGAUGGAGAACCCGUUCAACCCGGCGCAAAAGGAGGAGAUCCCGACCCUGCUUCACCUCAUUUUGAAGUCCUACAAGACGAGCAUCCUCAUCAACCUCAGCAAGCACCAGCAGAGCCCGGACAGCCUGGUGCCUUGGGGUCGCCUGCUCUUCAACGUCAUCAACCUGCGCUUGCCUUCGGAGGUCGUACCCGAGUCCGAGGAGGAACGGGAAGCCAGCGAAUGGUGGAAGGCGAAGAAGUGGGCGCACGGCACCCUCUGCCGCUUGUUCCACCGCUUUGGCAACCCAUCGCAGAUGCCAAGCAAGCUGAAGGAAAGCUACGCUGCGUUCUCCGAGCACUUCGUCACCGCCUUUGCGCCUGAGAUCUUGAAGACCUAUCUUUCCGAGGUCGACCUCUUCGUCUCUGGUCAGGCAUGGCUUUCGAAGAAGUGCCAGUACUACAUCCUGGAGUUCUUUAACGAAUGUGUCAAGCCGAAGAGCACCUGGACGCUGCUCAAGCCUCACGUCCAGAACCUCGUCCAGACCUUCGUCUUCCCCCACCUCACCUUCAACGCCGACAAGCAGGCCAUGUGGUCCGGCGACCAGCUCGAAUAUGUCCGUGUUACCAUCGACGAAUACGAGGCGCCGAACACCCCCACGGCUGCCGCCACGACCUUCCUCUUCACGCUUGUUACGACGCGUACCAAGAUGACAUUUAUGCCCAUCAUGACCUUCAUCAACAAUGUCUUGAACUCCGACGCCGGCCCCACGCAGCGCUUCGGUGCCCUCAACAUGACCGCCGCGCUCGGCCCCUACAUCCUCCGCCACCCCGAGAUCGAGAACACGCCGACGAUGGAGAACUUCAUGCAGCAGUACGUGCUGAAGGAGUACUCGUCUUCGGAGCCGUACAUGCGCAGUGUGGCCUUCGAGAUCUUCGGCACCCUCACCAAGUCGGGCUUGCAAUGGUCGAACCAAGAGCACCUUGGGCAGCACUUCCAUGCUAUUCUCGCCGCCCUCGACGACCCCGAGCUCCCCGUCCGCGUCCAGGCUGCCCUCGGUAUCUCCGAGCUCGUCCAGGCGCACGAGAUCAUCCGCAAGGAGGUCGCGCCCCAGAUCGGCAAGGUCAUCCAGGACCUGUUGAAGCUCUCCGAGGAGACUGACCUCGAUGUCCUCAACCACUGCAUGGAGGUCAUGGUCGACAACUUCCAGGACGAGCUGAUGCCGGUGGCGACGCAGUUGGCGCAGCGUUUGUGCUCGCUCUACAUCCGCCUUGCCCAAGACGCCGGCGGGCAGGAGGCCAUGGACGCGGAUGCUGACCUCGAGACGCUCGUUAUGGACACCGGCGACGAGGACAAGACGUUCGCGGCCAUGGGUGUCGUGAAGACACUUUGCACGGUCAUCUUGGCUGUUGACAGCUCGCCGGAGAUUAUGGGUCAGAUCUGCGAGAUUAUUGUGCCCAUCAUCUCGUUCACACUCGAGCGCAAGAUCAUCGACCUCUACGACAACAUGUACGACCUCCUCGACACCCUGACGUUCCGUAUGCGGUCCAUCUCGCCCAGCUUAUGGCCGAUCUUCGAGCAGACCUACCAGCUGUUCAAGACCGACGGCAUCGACUUCUUGGACGAGAUGCUGCCCGUGCUCGACAACAUGCUCUCGUACGGCUCGGAUAUCUUCAAGCAGCGCGCGGACUACCGCCAGAUGGUGGUCGACAUCUACGUCACUGCGAUGAAUGCCUCGCAGCUCGGCGACAAUGAUCGCGUCAACGCGUGCAAGCUCGUCGAGUCCAUCUUGCUCAACUUGCGCGGUGCUGUCGAUGAUCACCUCCAAGUCAUCAUCGCCACCGCCCUGACCGCCUUCGCCCAGAAAGACAACCACACGCUCGCCCUGCGCACGAUGAACCUCGAGGUCCUCAUCAAUGCCGUCCUCUACAACCCGACCGCGUCGCUGCACAUCAUCGACUCUGCCUCGCCGGGCAUCGCACGCACCUUCAUCGACCGCUGGUUCACGGCGAUCAGCAAGGGCCAGCUGCCGCGCGUGCACGACAAGAAGCUGAGCAUACUGGCGCUGUCGGCGCUGCUGGAGGUGCCGCCGGCGUCUAUUCCGGAGAGCUUGAAGGCGGGCUGGCCGGGGAUUGUGGGCGGGGUGUUGACGGUGUUCAAGGAGUUGCCGAAGGCGAUUGAGCACCGCAAGCUCCUCGAAGAGAAGAUGGAGGACGACAGCGAUGACGAUGAGUUCGAUGAGGGACGCUUGUUGAACUUGCGGGAUGAUGAUGACGACGUCUGGGACGAGGACUCCGCCUACCUCGAGAUGCUCGCGAACGAGAGCGCGCGCCAGCGCGAGCGCCUCGAGAAGAAGGAGGCCGGCAAGGAGGUCGAUGAGGACGACGAGUCGGACGACGAGAACGUCGAGGAGGAGCUCGGGUACCUCAGCCCGCUCGACAACGUGAACCCAUACGCGUCGUUCAAGCAGGCGUUGACGACUUUCCAGAUGCAGAACCCGGAGGCGUACCAGGCGGCGACGACGAGUUUGUCGCCGGAGCAGCAAACCUUGCUCAUGGAGGUUAUGAAGCUUGCGGAGACGCCGCAGUAG